AUGGCUUGUGUAGCUGUAACUUCUCUUGUGAGGACAUUAGAGCUUGAGUUCAUGCAACCUCAACUACGUCCAAUUGUCCAAGACAAAGGACUCAUCUCUGGAAACGAAGAGCUCAUCAGAUCUCUCCACCAAAAGCUUAUCAAUUUGAUGGAACAGUUGGAUGAUCAUGAGCAAAGAAUCCAUGGAGUUGAAGCAAUUAAACGUUUGGAAACAAAGCUUAGAGAUGUAGCUUUCAGAGUAGAAGAUGAAAUAGAAUUUCUCAUAGCAGAUCUUUAUGUGAAAAACACUCCUCUUGACCGGAUAAAUCUUCGAAAUUUUCAUCGACCCAAAGGAAAAUCACGUCCUUAUUGUCACAAUCUUCAUCUUAUAUUGCAACGGGCAAUAAAAGACAUUAAUCCCAUCGAAGAAAAGUUGGUGAUAGUGAAGAACAAGUACAAGCGUGUCACAGAUCUGCAAGGGACAAACACUAGUACUGCACUUGAUUCCUUCCAACAUGCUUCGCACUAUGAAGGCAUAAUGGUUGGGAAAAAUGAUGAGUUCAAAACUAUUAAGGAUAUGCUUACCCUACAUCCAUCUAAGCAACGAGAAGUUGUCACGAUUAAAGGUAUGGGAGGAAUCGGAAAGACAACUUUAGCAAGGAAAAGUUAUAAAGAUUCAUCAAUUAGGUCCCACUUUGACAAGAGAGCAUGGGUUGUUGUGUCCCAAUUUUAUAAUAAGAGACAAAUGCUCAUAUGUCUUCAUAAUUCAAUUUUGAAACAAAGCAAUGCGGAAAGCUUAACUGAUGAGGAGCUAGAAGAGCAAAUCUACAGGUGUUUGAAGCGUCAAAAGUACUUGGUUGUGAUGGAUGAUGUAUGGAGCGGAGAGUCGUGGGAUGAUAUCAACGCUUGCUUUCCUGAUGACGGAAAUGGUAGUAGAGUGUUGCUAACUACUCGUCUUGAGGUGGUGGCUAAUUGUGUAAGUUCCGGCAAUGACUUUUCUCACCAAAUGAACUUGUUAGAUCACAACGAGAGUUGGACUCUGUUUCAUAGAAAGGCAUUAUUGGAGGGUGUAUCUCAGGGUGUUGAAUUCGAGAUGAUUGGAAGACCCAUUGUUGAAAAAUGUAGAGGAUUGCCUCUGGCAAUUGUUGUGGUUGGAGGGCUAUUUUCCAAACUGAACACACUAGACGAUUGGAAAAGUGUUGCAAAAGCUCUUGAUGAUUCAUCAACUACAACAACUAUUGUAGAAGUGUGCUCAAAAAUACUGUCAUUGAGCUACAACCAUUUGCCUCACAACUUUAAGGCUUGCUUUUUAUAUUUGGGAAUUUUUCCAGAAGAUGAAGAGAUUUAUGCUAAAAGACUCGCAAGGUUAUGGGGCGCCGAAGGACUUAUAAAGGCAUCUAAGAAUGAGAGUUUGGAAAUGGUGGGUCAAAAGCACAUAAAAGAACUUAUAGAUAGAAAUCUAAUUCUACUAAGCGAGCAGAGCUCCUGUGGGACAAGAAUUAAGACAUUUAAGAUGCACGACGUGUUGCAUGCCUUCUGUGUGAGAGAAGCUCAAAACGAAAGCCUUCUACAUGUUGUCAAUGAAAAUGGAACCGGAUUUGCUCACAAAAGUUUCCGUUGGCUAAGUAUCACAUCAUCAAAGCUUGACAUCUCUAGAUUAUAUUCAUACCCAAAAACCUGUCGCUCCAUGUUUGAAUUUUCCACGUAUCAAAUAACAAAGUUGGUUCCGCAAAAUUUCGAGACAUUGAGAGUUUUGUACACAACUGAUGUCAAGCCUAAACCAGUAGUAUACCCUAGAACUGUGCAUCUUUUCACUCCCAUCCAUCUCAGGUACCUAUCUUCCACAAUAGGUAAACCACUGAAUUCAAAAUCGUCGAAUGCUUGGAAUCUUCAAACACUUUGUGAAUACAUUCCCCCACCACUCAUCAAUUCCAAUUCCUCUUUUGACUUAAACUUUCCACAUUUAAGCUAUUAUCAUUGUGAUCAAAUAAAUUGCUUAGAUCCUCUAGAGUUUGUUCAUCAAAACUUAGAGAGCAUUUCAGAAUUGGGUCUUUUUCAUUGCACAAAGGAGUUAUUUACAAGUAUUCCACAUGUGAAGAAAGUAGGCAUUGUUGGAGAUGGUUCAAGUAGUACUCUCGAUUGGGUUCGUUGCCGGAUUGGAAACCUUGCCUAUUUACAACAACUCGAGAGAUUGAAAAUUUAUGUUUACCAUGGGUGUUUUAGUUACUCAAUUAGUGGCCAAAUUGCUCGCUUGAAAAACAUUAAGAAGUUGUCAUUUUACAAUACCAACUUUUUGUGGGAAGAAAUGGGCGUUCUUAGCAAGUUGCCACGGCUUGAGGUGAUGAAGAUGAAAAGAUGGGCCUGCAAAGGCCAAAAGUGGGGACUAAAAGAAGAUGAGAGAUUUUGCCGAUUAGUUUUCUUGAAAUUUGAUGGUGUUGAUCUCGAGCGUUGGGAGGUCAAUGAUGAUAAUUUUCCUAAACUUGAGAGGCUAAUCCUAUAUGAUUGCUCUCGUUUGGAAGAGAUCCCAAGCAGCUUUGAAGAUAUUCAAACGUUAAAGUCGAUUAAAUUGAGAAGGUGUCUUCUUUCUGCAGUAACUUCAGCCAAGAAAAUUGAAGAAAGCCAACAUGAUUAUGGAAACACAGACAUGGUUGUCAUUGAGGAGAACACAAUAUGUCAGAAUCCCGUUUUGCCAGUGAUCAUCAAUGGGGAUGAGAACCGUAAUGUUGUUGUGAACAACAAUGGAGGGAAUGGCAACAUCGUUGCACAUUCUCGGGCACCAAUGAACGUUGGUUCACAGAACGGUGUGAGCAUUAAGGAAUAUAUUCCUACGAUGCGGGUAUCUUCGGUACCAAGUGGAUCGGCCAAUAUCCACGAAAAAUCCAAUGGCUUUGUGACUACUACAUGGUCUGAGGAUUAUUGUAGUACAAACAACAAUUUCAACCAUAAUCAAGGGAAGAGCAAGCGAAAGUUAGUUCUCAAAAAGAUUGUGUGA